AGCAGCCCGGGGCCCACGUCUUGCGUCACGUGUCCCGCAACGCAGGCGAGCUCUCUCUCUCUGGCCAGGGGAGAAGAGCGGAGAAAGACUCCAAAUCAACCAGGGAGAGAAGUGGAAUGAGCCAAAACGUCCCUGCGUGGCCUGCACUCAUCAGCCCCCUUACCCCAAGUCCGGGGCUGCCAGCGCCCAGAUCCGACUCCGGAGCUGCCUCUGCCCUGGGGUCGGCGUCCCCUGGUGGCAGAGAGAGAGCACUACGAGCGAUUUUCGGACCGAAUCGGCACGCUCCUCAGAUCUAAGUAGGCAGGAGGGGCUGGCCUGGCGCAGAGACAGAGGAGGGCACGAGGGCAGGCCAAGGCGGGAGUCAGGGGGCAUAAAAACCCGAGGGGAUACAAAGUGGCCAGGAAUGAGCCAAGACCCCACCAGCAACAAUAGACUUUCUUCCAGCACCAUCUAAGGUUUGAGGCCUUGAACCCCCAGAUCUUAGGAGGGUUGGAAACUGAGGUUGGAGAACUUUCUAGCUGGUACUUCGAUUUUUUUUUUUUUUCGAAAACAAUUUUUUCACCCUAGUUUGGUUGGGUGCUCCGUAUUACGGGGCCCCAAGUUUAUUUUAAGAGUCCGCCACCGUGUUAUGGGCGUGUGCAACGGCCUCGACGGCAAUAAUAUGUCAGGACAAUGCAAUAUCCCCCUUGAACUUGGGGAACAGCUCGAGCAACCACUUUUGGAGGCCCCAGGGGCAGCUGCCCCCAGUGCUGGGCCUGGCACAGCCGAAGAGAUGGAGACCGAACCGCCUCACAGCGAGCCCGUCCCCAUCGAGAUUGAAGGCGAGGCCUGUGGACCCCCAGAGAUCUCCAGUCCCAACCGCCAGGACCUCAACCAGGCCACUGAGGAAGCUGGAACCCGUGGAAGCCACAGCCCACCUCCUGAGGAAGCCAUGCCCUUCGAAGUCGGUCAGCCAAGCUUGGGAGGCUUCUGGCCUACCCUGGAGCAGCCUGGAGGUACCCCUGGGGCCCAUGGAGGCCUCGAGGCCUUCAGCCCAGCGUUCACGGAGCCCGGAGUCUUUGGUGAUGCCAGAUCAGGCUUGGGGAGGUACAGCCCUCCUCCUGAAGAAGCCAUGCCCUUUGAGUUUGAGCAGCCUACCCAGGAAGGCUGCAGCCAACUUCUCUUGCAGGUCUCAGACCUUGCUCCAGGAGGUCCAGGUCCAGGGGUCUUCAGUGCCCCUCCAGAGGAGCCCCGAGCCCUCAGGCCUGCAAGCACAGGCUUCAGAGGAGCCAGCAGCCCUCCCCCUGAGGAGGCUCUGCCAUUUGAGUUUGAUGGAGGAGGCUUUGGGGGUGACAACCAACCCCCUGGGCUCCCCCGAGCUAUCCCACAAAUCGACUACGACGGCGGCCAGUUCGCGGCAGUCGCGAUCCCGAGUGCGGUCCUCCUCGCUCCCGGCGCGAACGAGCCCCCCCUCUGGGUCCCGGGCGCCAGCAGCAGCCCAUCCCGAGAGGCCGUCGGCGCUCCUUCACACCUCACAGGCGACAGCCCCCCGAUGGAGAUCCCCGGACCCCAGCUCGAGAUUGGCAGAGCCCCCAUUGGGGUCGACUACGCUCCCGUCAACAUGGACAGCCCCCCAAUCGCGUUGGAUGGCCCGCCCAUCGAGGUCUCCCGAGCCCCAGUUAAGAGAGAGCGAGCAGAGGGAGAGAGACCCCCAGCUGAGGGAGAAGCAGCCGAGAUGGAAGGAAGCUCAGCCGCCGCUGCCGCGGAGGGAGGAAAGGUCCCCUCUACGGGGGACGGCGCCCCUGCCGCCGGGGCCGCCCCAGCCUCUCCCGCCGCCGGGGCCGCCCCUGCCGCUCCAGCCCCCGGGGCAGCCCCUGCGGCCCCUGCUUCCGGAGCCCGCCCCAAGCUGCGUUUCCUUAGACCCCCCAGCCCCGAGAUCCAGGCUGCCGAUCCGCCUACUCCGCAGCCUCCUCGGGCGUUUGCCUGGCGGGGCAGGUCGGAGCGCGGCCACGACGACGACGAAGGGUCGGUCAGCAGCGACGACGACCACAGCAGCGACGAAUCCGACGAUGGGACCUCCGGAUGCCACCGCUGGCUGCAAUCCCGGAGAAACCGCCGCCGCCGCAAGCCCCGGCGCAACUUGCUCCGCAACUUCCUCAUGCAAGCCUUCGGAGGCUGCUUCGGCCGGGCCGAGAGCCCCCAGCCCAAAGCCCCGCGCAGCCCCAAGGUCAAGAAGGUUCCUCUGGCGGAGAAGCGCCGACAGAUGCGCAAGGAAGCCCUGGAGAAGCGCGCCCAGAAGCGCGCAGAGAAGAAACGCAGCAAGCUCAUCGACAAGCAACUGCAGGAAGAAAAGAUGGGCUACAUGUGUACACACCGCCUGCUGCUUCUAGGGAGAAAAGUGGUGCCGUACAACACUGAGGGUCGUUUCCAGCUGGACAAACCAGCGCCAGCGACCGUAAGAUGCCCCCGAGUCCUGGGGUGGGGUCCGGCAAGAAAGGCGGGGGCUUCAGGUGAGCCAGGAACUGCCGGGAGGGGCCUGGGAUUCCCCAGGCUCGGCUGGUUGGGGCCAUGGUGGGCUGGGGUCGUUGGGGAAGGUGCGCCCCCGCCUCGCCUGGCACGGCUGCUUGGAUUCAGACAGCUUGUCGUUGGUGUGUGUUGGUGUCCAUAUUGUGUUCGCCUGUGCAUGAUAUGCUCAAGUGUCCCCCAGUUCCCAUCCCCGGCACCCCCAAAUUACCCGCCGACUGUGUACUUGUACUGGGGAGCGGGCUGUCUCGUGUUUUGCGCCAUGGCGCGGGCAAAAACUUUCCGUGUUCGCACACUCUGGUGGUACCUGUGCGCUGGCGCUCUGCAGCGGGCGGCGUGA